GUUGGUUGGGUUGACUUGGGCACGGGAGCGAGGGAGGGAGCGAGGGAGGCAGGGGAGGGUAUCUAAUAUCUAUCUAUCCAUUUGCUUUUGUUGGACAUUGGACCGGAAAGGUGGACGGGGGCGGGCGGGCGGACACGCAGAGACAGGACAGGAGGCGAGGAGUUGGCGUUCGCGUUGGCGGUCCACUCAGCGAGCGAGCGGCAGAGUGAUUUGACGUGUGAGCUCGGCAGAGGGAGGCGAGAUCAGGCAAUUGGACUGCCAGUGCCGAGGAGGACGAGGACGAGGACGAGAACGAGAGAGUGAGGCAGGGAGUGAAUGUGGAGUGUGUUGAGGACGAGGGAUCGAGACAGGAGUUCAAAUUGUUGUCGUGGUCGGUGGUGGGUUGAGCGGGCGUUGCGACGACCUACCGGAUUUGGGAUUUGAGUUGGUAUCGGUGGUGGUGGUGGUGUUGCUGGUGCUGGGGCCGCAGUGUGAUCGAGACGAAGUGAGAGAGGGAGGCGGAGGGGGAGAAUAAUAAUCAGGGGCAGGCGAGGAGAGGGGAGGAAAAUCCAUGCCCCGGUCUAUGUGCCUGGUUGAACAAGCGGUGGGAGUGGAAGCAGCGACGGCAGGAUUGGCGGACGGAGGUGGAGGUGGAGGUGGAGGCGGUGAUGGUGAUGGAGAGCGCUUGUGUUAUCGUUCGAAAUGCUCACGAGUAAUUUGGCAUCUUGGUCGAGCAUUUAAAGAUAGAGAGAGGGAGAGAGAGGUGUCGAGGAAGGACGGAAGGAUGACAAGUGGCGGUCUUGCGAAACAGCUCUGAUUUGAAGCGAAACCGGGAGGAACGAAGGCAGAAAUUUCAAGGAAGGAAGGAGGCGAAGGAAAGCAUCGGUUUUGGGAAGAGGGGAGCAGCAACAAGUCGCCGGGUAGAGUGGACGCCAGACGACUGGUAGACUGGAAGAUAGACAGACCUGACGAUGCAGAGACCGUCAAUUGCGGACGGGUGAUUAGAAAACGGAAUAAAAGAACGACGGAAGGUGGCCAAGUUAGAGGACGAAGCGGACAUGAUUGAACAAGGGAACAUGGAAUCGGAGAUGAAGGAAGUAACGAAGGAGCUGCCGCAGCUCGAGUCGAGACCAGUCUUGGACGAGGAGAACCAGGAGCAACAGCAGCAGCCUAAGAGGCAUUCUGAAGUCGGGGGAGAAAUUUCAGCUGCUUCCGCGGUAACUACAGCAGCGCAUUGCGACGCUGUAGCUGCGGAACACUCCAAAGGUGACGUCUCGGCCGUGGACGACGGGCAUCGCGGAUCUCCAAUUUCGGUUGAAGAUUCAGAAGCACCGGUCGCCUCGACUGGAAAGAAGAGGGCGAAGAAAGGACGGCUGUGGAAGAAGAACCGCGGGAAGCAAAAGUCAAAUGUUAUCGACGAGGCCCAAUCCGAAGGGUUGCCAAUUUGCGUGGAAGAGCCCCAGCUAUCAACAUCGCUUCCACCUGAUACGACGACGACGAUGGGGACUGGCACUUCAACAUCGUCUGCGGUCAAAGAGUCAGAGAAAACGCCAGAGAAGGAGGACGACCAUGUAAGUGGCAAUGCGCAGGAAGUUCCCCAGACGAAUUCGACGGCAGAUUUUUCUGAAGUUGAUCAUCAGUCGGGAUCACACGCAACGACAGUGGGCCGAAAUGAGCCCCUGGUAGAUAUACUGGAUUUUGACGAAGAGCAAAUGCACCAGAUUGAAGCUGGACUCGCUGCCGCAUCAGCGAGGCCGACGCUGGAGUGGGGACUGUGUGGGGAGGACGACCGAGGGCCACCAGUUAGGACCCCUCCUCGAACCCCUCCUCAUAGGGAGCCUAGAGGAAAGAACAAGCAGCAAGGGCAGGGCCAGGGUCGUGAGCAAGCAGCAGGAGCACCACCACCAGGCCAUCAGAGUCAGAGUCCCAGGGAGCCGUGGAAACGAAAGCCGAUGGAGUCCAGAGGAGGAGGAAGGCACGAAUCGUUGAGGAGCAGUAGUAUUUCGCAACCACAAAGCCCUGCUGUGACUGUAGAUGCACAAAAGCUGGAGGGCAUGUCCGAGUGGAACAGAAUCAAGGCGAUGCAGCAUAAUGCUGCCGCAGAAGUGGCAUCUCAUAAGAAUUGGGUUCCCCGGAAAGGCAUCCAAAGGGGUAUUGAAGUAGGCGGAGGAGGAGUUGAUCAGAACAAGGGUAGAGGAAAAGGAAAGCAGGGUCGUGUUGAACAAGUUUUGCAACAUAGCCAUCACACCAAGGAGUUAGCAAGGCAGAAGUUCGAGGCAGACUUGAGAAUCAAGCAGGAGGAGCUCCUUCAGAGAAGCAAGCAGACAUUGAAAGCCGAGAUUCAGAAAGUCAAGAAGAUCGAGGCCACAAGAAAAGGUAGAGAUGAACUCGAGCUGGAAUUAGAACGGAACUUGGUCUACCUCAACGGUGAACUCAUUUACCUAAAUCAGUAGGUUUCUCGUCACAUAUUACUGUACAUUGAAGUGCAUGCCCCUUGGGUAUUUGUACACAUACUCUCAGAUCUUGUGGUCUUAAGUUGUCAAGAUGAACUGGAGUCCCUUAAACUGCUUGGACAUUUCACAGGUGGCUUCAAACUCUACGUGACCCAAGAGUGGCCGACCACUAGUUUAGGCAAGAUCCUGUCAUGGCCAAAUCAAAUGAAUGUAGACUAAAAAUCCUUGUGUGAUAAGUCGAAAUUUACUUUUUCCUAGUAACUUUGGUGCAAUGACUAUGUUCUUCGAAUGAUUUUCUGAAAACAGCAGUGUACUGGUAUCGCGUUGCCGC